AUGCGGCCUGUGUUAUUCGUCGCCUGCCUCGCAUGUGUUGUGGCAAAUCCACCGGCUGGUGGACAAGACGCCGUAAGAGAAGUGAAUCCACGGAACCCGUCUCCGACUCCAUUGGUCGAGUGUAAGAACAACGGCAUUUUGGUUAGAAAUCCUGACGGUUCCACCAAAUGUUACUGUACCGGACUGUUCACUGGAACUGACUGCGGAACAAGGCUUUGUCUUAACGGAGGCUCGCUGGAUGAAGAGACCGACAAGUGCAUCUGCGAUGGAGGCUUUGGAGGCGAAUUCUGUGAAAAAUUGCAGUGCAGUGAUAGCAAAGGCCUGAAAUUCGACGCGGAACAACCGACACUCACCCUAGUUAUUCGAACUCGUGCCCAACUCGCUGAUGUCAUUUCGCAAGUGGCAAAAGCCGUAACAGCCGUGAUCAACGACUUGGCCUUCGAUCCGAGUUAUCUUCGCCGUUUUGUAUUAGUGACGUUUAAUAAUAAUCAAUUGACAACGAAUACCUACUUCGAUCCUUCGGCAUUGCUGCUCGCUCUGAUCGAGGCCGCAGAGACCACCGAUUUGAGUGGCACCUGUUUCGAUACAGACUUCACAGCAGUCAGGUAA